UUUAAUGAUUGUUUUUUGGAUAUGUUUUGCUAUGCAAAUUUGAGGGCGUUUGGUAUAUAAAUAGGAGAGUGUUUAUUUUAUAAUCUGUAAUACUACUCAGCUUCUCUACCCAGAUUGCCUGCCCAGAACUCUUACUAGUCUAUCAUCCAUAUAGGAGAUACCAUCUCAAAUGAAACCAAAGAACCAGUUGCUGUCUGGAGAGAAGCAUUUUGAUUGAAAAGGCAAAUGAAGAUAAAACAAUGUCAGCCAACCUAAAAUACCUUUCCUUGGGAAUUUUGGUCUUUCAGACUACCAGUUUGGUUCUAACGAUGCGUUAUUCUAGGACUUUAAAAGAGGAGGGACCUCGUUAUCUAUCUUCUACAGCUGUGGUUGUUGCUGAACUUUUGAAGAUAAUGGCCUGUAUUUUAUUAGUCUACAAAGACAGCAAAUGUAGUCUAAGAGGACUGAAUCGAAUACUACACGAUGAAAUUCUUAAUAAACCAAUGGAAACUCUUAAACUUGCUAUUCCGUCAGGGAUAUAUACUCUUCAGAAUAAUUUACUCUAUGUGGCACUGUCAAAUCUAGAUGCAGCUACUUAUCAGGUCACAUAUCAGUUGAAAAUUCUUACGACGGCAUUAUUUUCUGUGUCUAUGCUUAGUAAAAAAUUAGGUGUGUACCAGUGGCUCUCCCUAGUAAUUCUGAUGACAGGAGUUGCUUUUGUACAGUGGCCCUCAGAUUCUCAAGAGCUUGAUUCUAAGGAACUUUCAGCUGGCUCUCAGUUUGUAGGCCUCAUGGCAGUGCUCACAGCAUGUUUUUCAAGUGGCUUUGCUGGGGUUUACUUUGAGAAAAUCUUAAAAGAAACCAAACAAUCAGUGUGGAUAAGAAAUAUUCAACUUGGUUUCUUUGGGAGUAUAUUUGGAUUAAUGGGUGUAUAUAUUUAUGAUGGAGAACUAGUAUCAAAGAAUGGUUUUUUUCAGGGAUAUAACCGGCUGACCUGGAUAGUUGUUAUUCUUCAGGCACUGGGAGGCCUUGUAAUAGCUGCUGUUAUUAAGUAUGCGGAUAAUAUUUUAAAAGGAUUUGCAACCUCUUUGUCCAUAAUUUUAUCAACACUGAUAUCCUAUUUUUGGCUACAAGAUUUUGUGCCAACCAGUGUCUUUUUCCUUGGAGCCAUCCUUGUAAUAACAGCUACGUUCCUCUACGGUUAUGAUCCCAAACCCGCAGGAAAUCCCACUAAAGCAUAGCCCCAAUGCUGUCUUUCUCUGGUCUUUCACAAUGGUGCCCUGGGAGUCUCAGCGUUAAUCUUGCACAGAGGACUGCUACAGAUUCUAAGAAGAAAUCAUCAUGUUGAAUCUGAUCCUAUUGUUCAAAUGGUUUGAAAAUAUCAAAGUUUAAGGAUAAAAUAUAUGUAUACGUAACAAAAUGCCUAUUGCAUCUAGAAAUCAAAACUUGAAAGUAUUUCCAGGGAUUAGAAUAACUAUCAGAGGAAACUUGAAAUCUGAGUUUAAAAAGAUUUUACUUUUUGAUUGCUGCAGAAAUACGCUAUGCACUCUUUGCAAGAGCACACAACAAAUGUCAGAUACCAAUUUUUGCAAAUUAAAUAUAUUUAAUCUUAUUGAAUGUUUUUAUCUUACUCUUUCUGAACACAUGUAUCAAAUCACAUGGAAUAUUCAAAGUUUGAACAUUAUAAUUACCUAUAAAGCUGUGAAGAAAUAGAAGUAUGAUUUGAAAAACAUUUUCAUGAAUCUGAGAUUUUUAUACUUAUACAAAAGAUUACUAAACAAAGGAUUGCUAUAUGUUGCAAAUAUUUAAUUGCAUAAAAAUUGAUAAAGUAACAUUCUGGGUCUGAUUUGUCAGAGAAUAAAAUUCAUAUUUAAAUUUAAUGUACAGGAAUAUACACAUCUGUUUCUCCAUUUAUACUUUAAGAUCUUUUAGUGCUUCAAAACUGCUGAAGGCAAUCCAGUUGCUCCUCUGCUAGAUAGUAGCCAGUGACUUUUACACUAAUGGAGUUUUGUCCUUAAUCCCUUAAUUGUAUUUCUUUUCUGUAAAUCAGAUAAAUCCUUAAUAUUACUUAAAAUUAAAUUUCUAUGUGUUAAUUUACAUUAAAGUUUUAAAAUGUAAUUUAAAGGGAUUAAAUACUCAUUUAAUAAUUUAAAAUAAUUAUUAUUGUCUAUUAUCUCCAUUUUGAGAAUUUUGAACUAUCAAAGCAUAUACUGUACACAUCUAGAAUGUUUUUAAAUGAAUAUUUUACUCAUUGAUCUGUAAAAAUUUCCUUUAAUAUGCAACUCUUGACAAAACAACUACCAAAAAAAUACUAGUACAGAUGUCAGGGAAUUGAGACCAAAAUGACUUUUCUUGGAGGCAUUCCAGAUUGCCAUGAUACUACAUUAUUUUAAAUGGCACUAUAACUAUAAAUUCAAGGCUGCUCAGAAGAACUUUCUAGGUGUCUCAUAAACUCACCAUUCCUGGGAAUACUCUGAUCGCAUGUCUUGAAGAGGCAGCUGAAUUCUGACCUCCCUUUCUGUGGCCCUACAAAAGCUGCCAGAAAGGAGCUUUAAAAUAGUGGUUUCUUUUCCAUUUUAUCACUGAAGUUGAGGUUGCAAAUUACAUGAGUUAUUUAAUAAAUUCGUUCAGGGAAAGAAAAGAUAGCAGAAAUGAUCAAAUGAAUUGGUGGGCACAAAUACUUUCUAAAAUUGUAAUAGGGUUUAAUUAUUGAUUAGAGACAAAAUUACUUACUGUGUAUGAAGUAUUUUAUUUUACUUUUUCAUUCACGCUUUAUAUAUUGUUUCCUGUUCUAAUAGUAUUAAAAACCAUAAAAAUAAAUAUUUUUAUAUAGUUCUAAUGGAAUUUGUUAAACAAAUUUGGCUCAAAAAUACUGUGUUACAAACUGUUGGGUACUCUUGGCUCAUUAGGCCUGGCUAUGUUACUUUGCUGAUGCAAACCUAGUCUCUACAGGACAGAGACCUAAUCUAUUCCAUCUAGAGUUUUAAAAAGUGUUUAAAAUUACAAAGUAUUUUAAAUUAACUUGCUGGUGAUUCCAAAUCUGCACCAGGCAAACUUUCUGGAACCCUGACUUAACGAUUUUCUUGACCACCUUUUAGAGUAUUUGUUUAAUAACUUUACCACAUUUUGAGAAUGGUGUUUUUAGACUGUAUCAACAUUCAGACUUAUAUCUUAUUACCUACUGCUAAGUGAAAUUGAAAUCCUGCAAAUGCACAGCCUUUAAGACUAAAUAUAAAGAUUUGUGUUCAGCUCACAUUGAAGUACUGGUUGGGUAUUUACGUAUUAAUUCAGUAUGCAUUCAUAAUUUUUCAUGCAGGUUUAGCCUAUCCCUAUUUAAACACUUCAAAAAAUGAUACAAGGAAAUUAUUGGACAUCAGACAUGUUAGUUAUAGUAAUAACAUUUUCAGCUGUCCAAGAUAACACAAUUUUCAAGAUUUCCACCAAAGUUCAUAAAAUGUAAUCAAGAGUUCUAAGAAAGGGGAAAAUAGUCUCAAGUAUAUUUUCAAAAUAAACUUUUAUUAGACAGGCAUAAUUUAUAUUUUGCUUUUCUAGUAGGUUUGAAGAUGUUAGAGAUUUGGUUGUGUAGUUCAUAAUUUUUAAUUUAUAAAGAAAUAAUCAUAUUUGAGAAUGUAGACCUAUAUCCUAGAUCAUGUCAUAUACACAGAUAAUGCCAUUUUCUCUGUUUCGAUGACCUCCAGAAGCCUUAUUGCGUCAGUCUUUGUAAUGAUGACUCCUUGAUUAUUUAAAUUCUUAUACUUUUUAAAGUUUACAUGUUAUCUCUCAACUACUUUGUUCAUUAUAAAAAUGUGCUAACUCAUGGGAGAAGAGUACCAACUGAUCGCUCUAUAAAAAUUAAGAAUAUGGUAUUUCAGAAGAAAAGUUUAAAAUGCAACAUGUAGAUGUUUCAACACAGUCAUAUCAAUUCUCUAAUAAGUGGUUUUUAUAGAAGCUAUAGGCUACUUUUAUGGUGAAAAAUGUAGUUUAGAGAUGCAAAACUUAAAUGUUUACAUCAAUUUAUAUUGAAUGUCACAAUUUCAAAGAAAGAAAGGUAGUUUGAUAUUUAAUCGAGUUUCUAGGGAGACAGAAUCUGAGAGGAAACUGAUUUUGUGCUCGGUAGACUUAGUGUAAUACAGACUAUUCUUAAGAAUUGAUACAGUUUUCCUACAUAUCAAAUUAUUAGACUCUUAAAAUGUCAUAUAUUUUCAUUCACCUGAGUGUUAUUUUGUUUUGUUUUUAAAAACCAGGUUUAGCAUCACUCAUUUUCACUUUCAUUAUAAUAUUUAAUUACAUGUGAAUAUAUGCUCUAUAUAAGAAAAAGUUUAUAAAAGUUAUUUAUGCUAUAUUGAAAAUCAUCUUAUGGAUCUCCCGGAUAUGUAGCAUAUCUGAAGUAAUUAUAGGACCAAAGAAAAAAACACCUUUAUCAAAAUUUGGUCCUGUGUGCCUUGCUUUACCAAAUACCUAACUUUUCUGGAGGAUAUUACCAUAAUUCACAACUCUGGACACAUAGGCAAAAUUAGGAUGUUUUAAGAAUAACUGUAAUUCAAUUUUGUUGUCUCAACAUUUGCUAUUUAAAUCCAUUGUCUAACAGAAUAUUAAAAUAGGUGUAUUAUACAAGCAUUAGUGAACAGUACUUAUUUAAAUAAAUUAUGGCACCAUUGCUCCAUCACUGAACUUUUGAAACUUUUAACAAUUGUAUGUAACUGUCAUUUUGGUUUUUUAUUUCUUAUGAUAAGAUAUAAUUUACUGUGAUUUUUAAAAUAUUUUUAAAUGGUCUGGAUUCUGAAUCUGUCUAUAUGUCUGUGUAUUUCGUUUAUUUAGAAAGAUUCUUUUGGGUUUGGGGCUGUGGUUUGUAUAUUUAAAUUUUUUAUGGACAUAAUUCAAAGGAAUGUAUAAUGUAUGGUCUUUUGUUAAAUGGCUUUUUAAUUGACAGACUUCUCUUUGUCAUUAUUUGGUAUCCAGUUAUUAUUUGAUAGACUUAUGGAAAUAAGAUUAUUUUCAUAACUGUACAUUCUUUCCCUAUAUUUCCUUGUUCGCCUAUUUCCCCUGUGUCGGACUUAACCAUGAGUUAGUUUCCUCUCUACAUAUCAAAAAUGACUCACUGAUCCUUUCCCUAGCUCUCCAGUUACCUUUCCAUGUGUGUAAUCUUCCGUUUUUCUAGCCUAUGAUCUAGCAUGAAAGACUGGAUUUUAUUUAAACCAGAUAGAAUUCCUCUACCUGUAUAAUAACAGCCUAAAUUUUUUUUUGCUUUUAAUAAAUUAUCUCUUUACUAGCUUCAAAGUUAA